AUGUGUGGACUUUCUAUGAACCACGAGAAAAAAGAGCCAGCGCUAGACGAAGAAAUUUCCAAAAUGCACAUAGCCAGCCAGUCCAGCGACGAAAGCGACGAAGACUCGGACUUUGUGCCAGUCGGAUUUGAUUACGACGGAUUUAACACGAUGGCAGCGGGCAUUCUCCACUUGGAAAAGCCCGAGGCCCCGGAAAAGACAGAGGAAAGCAUGCUUUCGUACGAGUCUUUGCUGGCAAGAAUAGAAAAGCAUUUGAAGUCCUCGGACGUUGAAAUAGAAAGCAAGAUCAAAAUACCUAUUUCCAUACGAAGAGACGGGGCCACAAAAACGUCCCUGAACAUAACCGAAAUAUGUAGAGUCAUUUGCAGGGACGUGGCGCAUCUCAGGCAGUUUAUAGAGGUAGAGCUGUCCGUGAACUGCUCAAUAGACGGAGAGGAGCGGCUGGUCAUCAAGGGAAUAUUCCCAGAGACGCAGCUCCAGAAAAUCGUCAGGAACUACAUAAAGCAGUACGUCUCGUGCGGCAUAUGCGGGUCCCUAGAAACGACUUUAGAGAAGGAGGACAAGCUGCUUUUUAAGAAGUGCACAACGUGCAACGCUUCGCAGUCUGUCAACGCAAUUCAGCAGGGAUACAAAGCACUCACCACAAAAAGGUCUGUAUUGCGGAGAAAGGCCGCAGAAUAA